AUGGGAGUACUUUUCAAGCGUUACCAGGCCGGCUCCUUUCUCAUCAGAGAGAAAACCAGCAAAGGUGCCUUCUUCCUGUCUGUGAAGGAUGUCACCGCCCAGGGGGAAAUAGUCAAGCACUAUAAGAUCCGCUCCCUGGAGGAAGGGGGCUGCUACAUCUCCCUCCGGGUCACCUUCCCCUCGCUCCAGGCCCUGGUGCAGCACUACCGCAAGAAAGGGGAUUGUUUGUGCCAGAGGCUGACCGUGCCCUGCGUCAGCCUUGCUCCUCAUAACCCCUGGGCCCAGGACAAGUGGGAGAUCCCCCGGCAGUCUCUCAGGCUGGUCAGGAAACUCGGAUCAGGGCAGUUUGGCGAAGUCUGGAUGGGCUACUACAGAAACAAUGUGAAGGUGGCCAUCAAGACCUUGAAUGAGGGAAGGAUGUCUCCGGAAGCCUUCCUGGGUGAGGCGAACCUGAUGAAGGCUCUGUAGCACGAGAGGCUGGUCUGGCUCUACACCAUGGUCCCCAAGGAGCCCAUCUAUAUUGUCACCGAGUAUGUGGCCAGAGGGUGCCUGCUGGAUUUCCUGAAGACAGACUACGGUGGCAGACUGUCCCUCCCAAGACUGAUCGACAUGUCAGCCCAGAUCACCGAAGGGAUGGCGUACAUCGAGCACAUGAAUUCUAUCCACCGCUACCUAUGGGCGGCCAACAUCCUGGUGUCUGAGACCUUGUGUUGCAAAAUCGCUGACUUCGGUUUGGCCAGGAUCAUCGACAGUGAAUACACUGCCCAGGAGGAGGCCGGCUCCUUUCUCAUCAGAGAGAAAACCAGCAAAGGUGCCUUCUUCCUGUCUGUGAAGGAUGUCACCGCCCAGGGGGAAAUAGUCAAGCACUAUAAGAUCCGCUCCCUGGAGGAAGGGGGCUGCUACAUCUCCCUCCGGGUCACCUUCCCCUCGCUCCAGGCCCUGGUGCAGCACUACCGCAAGAAAGGGGAUUGUUUGUGCCAGAGGCUGACCGUGCCCUGCGUCAGCCUUGCUCCUCAUAACCCCUGGGCCCAGGACAAGUGGGAGAUCCCCCGGCAGUCUCUCAGGCUGGUCAGGAAACUCGGAUCAGGGCAGUUUGGCGAAGUCUGGAUGGGCUACUACAGAAACAAUGUGAAGGUGGCCAUCAAGACCUUGAAUGAGGGAAGGAUGUCUCCGGAAGCCUUCCUGGGUGAGGCGAACCUGAUGAAGGCUCUGUAGCACGAGAGGCUGGUCUGGCUCUACACCAUGGUCCCCAAGGAGCCCAUCUAUAUUGUCACCGAGUAUGUGGCCAGAGGGUGCCUGCUGGAUUUCCUGAAGACAGACUACGGUGGCAGACUGUCCCUCCCAAGACUGAUCGACAUGUCAGCCCAGAUCACCGAAGGGAUGGCGUACAUCGAGCACAUGAAUUCUAUCCACCGCUACCUAUGGGCGGCCAACAUCCUGGUGUCUGAGACCUUGUGUUGCAAAAUCGCUGACUUCGGUUUGGCCAGGAUCAUCGACAGUGAAUACACUGCCCAGGAGGGUGAGCAGAGCCCCACAACUGCAGGGGAGACCUUGGGCCUUACCUCCCCGACUCCCCAAAGCCUCUUGACAUUACAUGGUACGGCCCCAUGUGCAAAGACCUGA